AUGGCAGACCAAAAACUGUUGUCUGCCCAGCAGAUCUCAACACACAAAACACCAGAAGAUUGCUGGAUUGUGGUCGAGAAGCAGGUGUGGGACGUGAGCGACUUCUUAGAAGAGCAUCCUGGGGGAUCUUCCAUCAUCCUCAAAUACGCAGGAAGUGAUGCCACAAAAGCAUAUUCGGAAGUCCAUGCACCAGGCGUAUUGAAGAACAAUCUGAACCCAGAAAAAUUCAAGGGCGUCCUGGAUGAGUCAACAAUUGACGCCGAAUGGGUUAAACCUCCUCCGGGAGAGAGUCCAAAGGUGAUACUCGAAAAUGAGAAACCCCCGUUGCACACCUUGAUCAAUUCGCACGACUUUCAGCUGGUGGCCUCGAAAACAGCGAGCAAAAAGACGUGGGCCUUCUACUCCAGUGCAGCUACAGAUCUGAUCACACGCGACGCCAACAAAUCAUGCUUUGACCGGAUAUGGUUCCGGCCUCGAGUCUUGCGAAAUGUUCGGUCGGUAGACUCCCGGACCAAUAUUCUCGGCGGGAGUUACAAGCUACCCUUGUUCGUGAGUCCGGCAGCAAUGGCAAAGCUCAUCCACCCGGAUGGAGAAUGCGCUAUUGCCAGAGCCUGCGCCAACAAAGGAAUCAUGCAAGGAAUCUCGAACAACUCAUCGUACACGAUGGACGAGCUGCGCACAGCAGCGCCUUCUGCGGACUUCUUCUUCCAGUUAUACGUCAACCGGGAACGAGAAAAGUCCGCUGCGCUCUUGCGCCAAUGCUCAGCGAACCCGAACGUCAAAGCUAUCUUCGUCACCGUUGACGCUGCCUGGCCCGGCCCAAAUGACAAGAAAGGCGGCGGCCUUGGGCGUGUCAUGGCCGGGUUCAUUGAUCCCGGGCUGACAUGGGAGGAUUUGAAAUGGGUAAAACAGCACACGCAUAAACCGGUGUGUUUGAAAGGCGUAAUGUCAGCGGACGAUGCCCUGCUAGCCAUGAAAGCGGGACUGGAUGGUAUCUUGCUCAGCAACCACGGUGGUCGUAACCUUGAUACUAGUCCGCCGUCGAUUAUUACGCUUCUGGAGAUUCACAGACGCUGCCCCGAGGUCUUCGAUCAUAUGGAGGUUUAUGUUGACAGCGGUAUUCGACGCGGAACCGACAUUCUCAAGGCUGUGUGCUUAGGUGCAACGGCCGUGGGUAUGGGCCGGAGCAUGCUCUUUGCUACUAACUAUGGCCAAGAGGGAGUCGAGCAUCUGAUUGACAUCAUGCAAGAUGAGCUGGAGACAGCUAUGCGGAACAUUGGCAUCACAUCCCUGGCGGAAGCAUCCCCUGAUCUCGUGCACACAGGGGACGUUGACCACCUGGUUCCGUCGUCCCGCUCUCACCCGUACGCUCGAGCCAUAGCUAAAGGACGGCGACAAGGGUCGUCUAAGCUUUGA